AUGGGGACUGCAUGUAUACUUAAACCCCCCUUCUUCACCAUGACAUUGCCAGGCAUCUGAAAGAGCAUUUGCAACGACCUCUCCGGCUCGAUUUCCCAUAUACCAUAAUUCUUCUCAGAAAUCUCGUAUAAAUCUAUUUUUAUUCACUGAGCUAUACAAAAUGGCCAAUAUCAUGGACCCGAUCGAUGAUCCCUCCUACAACAUUGAAGCAACGGAGCAUACGUUUGGCACACGUGCUUCAGACUCGUGCCGUAACAUAGAUUCCUACAACUCCGUGAACAAUACCGGCAGCAACUCCUAUGGCAAACCGGGAAAUGGUUCGGAUUCCAGCAGCAUUGUCGACACGGUUGGUCGUGGCAUUGCUGAUGAUCGGCAUGGACAUACUUCUGGUGUCUCUCCAACUAGCUCCUACAGCCAAAGUCCUACAAAAUCAAGUCAGGGACAAUAUCCCCACGACAAAGGGGGCCAAUACUCUCAGCAUUCUUUGCCCUCCUACCCGCCCCAGCACAAUAUCCCGGAAACUGCCAAUUUGUCUGAUGGCACCAGAGGGCCAGUGUCUAAUACGGAAGCCAAAUCCCAACCGAGCAAUGCUAAGGAUAAGACCGGCCCUCACAUAGAGGGGGGUCAUGAUGAAAGACGAGGUGCAAACAAGGGAAAGGGGGAGCGAAUUGAAGGAACCCAAGAUAGUGAUAUCACGGGAGAAAAGGUCAAUGGGAUUGCGGGUGUUAUCCCUAUCUCUGGCAGUGCCGGCCCGACGACUACCAAGACCUUCGAUCCCCAUGCUGAAAUUGGCAACAGUGGUAACAACGGCCCCCAUUCUUCUGCUAUCGGGUCCAAAAACAUUGUUGACGGCGGCCAAGGGUCUUCCGCUCACCAAUAUGAUACAGCUAGCAGCAGCUACAAUACACGGGGAAGUGGUGAUGGGCAGGCCACUACCACCAACCCACAGCGAGGCAACAGUAUAGAGAAGAACAGCCGCGCAGACUCAGGCUUAGCUGGAGUCCGGUCUGUUGAAUCUCGGCGAGAUAUGUAGACUUGGCUCUCACAAGAUGAUGACUUAUGUAUGUACACUAAUCUAGACGAAGAAAGCUU